CCUCUCCACCUUUAACUCAAACUACGCAGCUAGAGCUAAGGCAGAGGCCACGGAGAGCGCAGACGUUUGAGCCAGGACUAGCGGCGAUGGCCUCGGCUACUCUUCUCAAGUCUUCUUUCCUCCCCAAGACUUCUGAAUGGCUCACUGCUCGGAAAUCCUCAACCCUGCAGCAGCCGCCCACCGCCGUCUGCCUCGCCGUUCGUGCCAGUGCCUACGCCGACGAGCUCGUCAAGACUGCAAAAACCAUCGCCUCACCGGGAAGAGGGAUAUUAGCCAUGGAUGAGUCGAACGCCACCUGCGGAAAGAGACUCGCAUCCAUUGGGCUGGAGAACACCGAGGCGAACCGUCAAGCUUACAGAACCCUUCUUGUGUCAGCUCCUGGUUUGGGCCAGUACAUCUCCGGGGCUAUCCUGUUCGAGGAAACCCUUUACCAGUCCACCGUAGACGGCAAGAAGAUAGUCGACGUCCUCAUCGGACAAAACAUAGUGCCCGGUAUCAAGGUUGACAAGGGUCUUGUUCCACUGGUCGGUUCAAACGAUGAGUCAUGGUGCCAAGGGUUGGAUGGCCUUGCCUCUCGAUCUGCUUCGUACUAUCAACAAGGCGCGCGGUUUGCCAAAUGGCGCACAGUGGUUAGCAUUCCAAAUGGCCCGUCUGCUCUUGCAGUGAAGGAAGCUGCAUGGGGCUUGGCUCGAUAUGCUGCCAUUGCUCAAGACAAUGGGUUGGUUCCGAUUGUUGAGCCAGAGAUACUGCUUGAUGGAGAACAUGGAAUCGACAGAACCUUCGAAGUGGCACAAAAGGUGUGGGCUGAGGUGUUCUUCUACCUAGCCGAGAACAAUGUGUUGUUCGAAGGCAUCCUGCUCAAGCCGAGCAUGGUUACUCCUGGCGCAGAGUGCAAAGAAAAAGCCACACCGCAACAGGUUGCUGAAUACACCCUGAGUCUUCUGCACAGGAGAAUCCCUCCUGCUGUCCCCGGUAUCAUGUUCCUCUCGGGCGGGCAGUCUGAAGUCGAGGCGACCUUGAACUUGAAUGCAAUGAACCAAGGGUCCAACCCUUGGCAUGUCUCGUUCUCUUAUGCCAGGGCACUGCAGAACACUUGCCUCAAGACAUGGGGAGGAAGGGCAGAGAAUGUGAAGGCAGCUCAAGAGACACUUCUGAUCAGGGCCAAGGCCAAUUCCUUGGCGCAGCUCGGCAAGUACACAGGAGAAGGUGAGUCUGCAGAGGCCAAAGAAGGCAUGUAUGUCAAGGACUACCGCUACUAGUCCUCCAGUCUUCUUCACUGAAUACAUAGUUUUCAUAUCUUAUCUUCUCUGGAUUUGGGUUGCUAGCUGCAUCGUUCUCUACUAGCUGAAUGUACUUGUCUACUUGAUCAUAACACUAGCAGAUGAAAAUGGAAGCCAUGUUUUGAAUUGAUAAAGUUUGGCAUUGAACUGACGGCACUUGUAUGUUGAUUAAAUAUAAUAUGAUUGGAACCAAGUUGCUUGAUUAUCA